UCCUGGUCGCGGCUGCCACGAGAAAGUCACAUUGAGAAACGGAAAGCCAAGGAUGCGCUGUUCGUUACUUCUGCUUCUUUUCAUUGCAGCACAGAUUAAUGAGACAUUGCUUGGUGUCCCGGAAUUAAGCGCCAGAAAAAAGCAUCGGACUGAAGAAUUGGAAGAUGAGGUUAAAGAGAAUGCAGCCGAGGAGGACGUUGACGGGGGAGAGGUGGAGUAUGAAUAUGAAUACGAAUAUGAGGAGGAUGAGAAUGAGGAUUUUGAUGACGAUGAUGAAGAUGAUGGAGACGAUGAUGGAGACGAUGAAUAUUAUUACUACUACUAUUACUAUUACGAUGACGAAGAAAAUGUAACCAGUUCAGAGCUGCCCUCUACAUCCGUGGACGAAGAGAUUUCUACAACACCGUACUAUGAAUAUUACGAAGAACUCCCUUCAGAUUACGAUAACAAUAAAAAAUCUACGUUGAAAACUCCAGAUAUUGAAGAAUUCCUACAAGUACUUGUAUCAACCAAUCCAAAUGAAGGUGUUGACGUAAAUGAAUUUUUUUCCGAAACAAAUUCAAGUUCUGUUAUCACGGAAUCGAGUGAACCUGAAUUAGAACAAAUUUUAACGGAGCAGCCUAUCAUUUCUUUGGCCGCAACCAAAACCACUUUCCCUGCUGCCGCUGAAAUAAAAUUGACAAGUCCUUCUUAUAAAACGUCCUCUCAGUCAGUAGUGCCACGUUUGACCACUUCAACGUCCCGAAAACCACUUGCUGCUCAUAUUUUGACCGAAAUAAAACCUAAUUCAACUCCAGCAGGUUCGUUCAUAGCGACGAAACCAAUGCUAAUUUCGGCUAGUACGCCUAAAACUAUAACUUCUGCCGCUCCUAUCCAAUCUGUAAAACCCAAAACUGCGAUUACAACCACGAACACUGAAAAAGUAACUCAAGCAAACAAAGCUACGACGCAGUUAAAAGCCCAAGUUGCGAUUUCCGUAUCUACAACGAGGCUAAUUUCAACUUCUUUGGCAGCCACGGUGAAAACUUCAACCUUGAGCACCAAAAGUUCUUCAACUACCAAAAAAAUUCCAGCAACUACGUCUUCUACAACAACAACAUCUACGUCCGCUCCAAUGGAUCCAGCAUUGUUUAAAAAGAAUUGCCACGCCAAACAAUUUUCGAAAUUGUUGAAAUGCUGCGAACCGGCGGCUAAAAAUCUCGUCCCGCUCGCUAGCAGGGACAGAUCUUGCAAGGCAAAUCCUUCUUUACUCAACGCUUUCAACUCCUAUUCACUCAACAAACUACAAUACUCGAAAAAUUUAAGGACCAAAAACUUUAAGUUUCGAAAUUCUAAAAUUCAGAAGGCUAUGGGGAAAAGUGCUUGUUUUGUGAAUUGCUUUUUAAUAUCUAACGGAGCUAUGACGGAAGACUUGCUAAUAAAGGAAGAACAGCUAAUUACUUUUUUGACCUCCAUGCAAAAUGAUCAAAAGUGGGUAUCUUUCAUUUCAUCGGCCGUUUCCGAGUGUCUCACUUUGACUAGUGGGUUUCAAGUUCCAUCCUUCUCAAGAGCAAGUAAAAAAUGCGAUGGAACUGCGUAUGUUGCUACACAGUGCGUCUUGCAUAAAAUGAUUGCUGAUUGUCCAAAUAGAGUCAUGACGAAGCAGUGCUACGAUUCAUAUCUUCUAUUCGACAAGUGCUCAACGCCGACUUUGGCCUUUGCUUUUCAAUUACACGACAGGAAAAAACGCCUGAAAUUUAGUAAUAAAAACAAAAAUGGAUAAUUUUAAUCUAUUGAUAUUGAUUAAAAGAUAAUAUAACUAAUAAACACA